AUGAUUAACCUUUUGUUACAAUAUCUUUCAGAUCAAAAAGAAUGUUUAAAGAUUAGUAAAAAUAUUGACUUUAUUUGCUACAGAAGAACUCUUAUUAGUAUUAUGUGUAAUGCUUUUGAUGAAGUUAAACCGUUGCUCAUUUCAGCUUGCUUAUAUAAUGGUUCCAUUUACUUGUGUACAUUAGAUACUCCGCAAGAUAUCAUGAAAAGAAAAUCUCGCACAAAAGAAGAGGAAACGUUUUGUGCCUGGGGUUAUAAAUUUGAACAGUAUUUGUUGUCAGAUUUACCCAACACUUGCCCUAACAUUGAAAGGCCAGUCAUAGAAAAUGAAGAAUUUUCCUUGUUUUACUAUGCUUCUUUAGGUACUUAUAAUUUAAUUUAUUGUGCACAAAUUGAUGGAAUGUUAGCUACAAAUGGUGCAGUACCAAACCCACCAGCAAAUACAGAUACUGAAUGUAAUCUACACUAUUUAAGAAAUAAUGAAUAUUUAGAAUUAAAAACCCAUAGACAUAUACUAAAUCAAAGACAGGAGAGAAAUUUUAGAAGAUACAAAAUGUUAUUAUGUUGGUGCCAGUGUUACUUAGCAAAUCUAAAAGGCCUACUUGUAGGCUUCAGAACUCAAGAAGGUAUUGUAGAAAGAUUACAAUGGUAUGAGCAACAAGAAAUUGUUCAAUAUUGUAAAAAUGAAUGGAACCCUGAAGCAGCACUUAAUUAUCUGAAUUAUUUUCUCAGUUAUAUUAAAAAUAGUUUUAACCAGAAUAUAUGUACAGGUCCUGUUACUUUAAAUUUUCAAUUAAACUCUGACAAAACGAUUAAUGUCAUUGAAAAUCCUGUUUGUGAAAUUUUACCGCAGUGGUAUACAACUAAUUAA